GCAUCCAGCCCGCUUUCCAUAUUCAUCAUCGGAUAGUCUGCAACAUUCUCAAUUGGGUACUUCAGAUGAUAAUGAGAGUAAUUUUGUCGAAAUUGAUGAUCAGGUAUAUAUAUUUCAGGCACAUCGAACAGGUGAGGAGAAAAUACAUUUGCAAAAGCCGAAGCCGAAAGAUUUCCUUGGAAAGGCGAAAUAUUAUUACGACAAAUAUAAAUUACGACACGUUGCACCAUUUUUUUUAUUGACAAUAUAUUCAUUAUUAGGCGCGACACUGUUCUGUUGGGUGGAACAGGAACAUGAACAGGAACUUAUCAG